AUUUGUGUUUGGAGGAGGAAUAUCUUUUUAUUGAUAAUCUUGAAAAUUUUCGUAAAAACCUGCCAAGUUUAUCUAGGCUUCUGAGCAGACUGCAGUUCUUUUUAGUGAACGAUCCCCUUCUGGAUUCUAAAGGACAGAUUUUAACAGAAGAGAGCAUUUUCAGAGAAUGUUUGACUUUCCAAAGUGAAAUGAAGAUGGAAGAGAGUAAAAAUGAAUUGCAGGAGAUUAAAGAGAACUUCUCUACCAUAUCUAUAAAAGAUGAAGAGCAUUUCAUGUUACCUGUUGAGUUAGAAUUUGGCAAACACAGCAACAGCAGAUCAGAUUCUGUUAAGAUUCCAUUGUGCCUGGAACUGAAAGAGUUGUUCGGUUUAGCUCCAGACACUAUUGCUGAUGAAGACCUGUGCAAAGAAGUCAUCAGAGAAGAUCUCAAAGCAGGAAUUACAUGCAAAAUAGAAAUUUCCGAGUUCCACUGUCCCGUUCCACAGGAGGUUUGCUCCAGUAAUAGUGCAAGUAUGUUGGAAUUCUGUGAGUCAGCUGAAUAUAUUCCAUAUUUGAAAGAUGAAAUGGAAGUGCCUUUAACUCCUCCAUGCAGACAACAAAGAUCAUGGGUUAAUUUUCUGUGCAGAGGACUUCGAGAAGAAACUAUUUCUCUCCCUAGUAACAGUAUUUUGAUUACAGAGCCCUCUAGGGAAUACUUAGAGUCUUUGGUAUGGCAGUCAGAGAAGUACCGGGAUAAUAUGAACUCUCUUUUGCUUGUCGAACACCAGGCUGUUAAUCUUGUGUAUCAGCAUCAUUCACUGACAGAUCUGCAGGAAAUGCUACCAACUGAGGCAGAAGCAUCAAUGUUUAGCUCAUUAGAGGAGGCCUGGUGGCUUCACUUGGGUUUAAAUACAGCAGCCAUAGAAAUUUUGGAGCAAUUAAAUAUGGAUGACAGUAAUGCAAACAGUUUGCUUCCAACAGAAGUAGAAACAUUCACUCAAUUUGCAUCAUACCAGUUAGAAAGGUGGCUUGAAGAUACUAAUUUCAUGACAGAGGAAGAGCUGCUUUCUGCUCAGAGACAUCAGUUGGACAAAGGAAUUAGUCCUGACCUGUCACUGCAGGCUCAAGGGCAGCACUUUACCCUGCCUGUGAGUGGUGCAUCAUCUGCCAAAAUUCACAGUCCAAACACAUCUGUGGAAGAGCUGACUGGAGGAAGCAUAAGAAAACUUAAGGUAGAAGAGGCAAUUGGGUUCUUAAACCAAGAAAAGAAAACCCCUAAAUCAUCUGAAUCAGUCAGCUGUAAAGAUGUGUCCUCUGAAUUAGACAACUCAUCCUGUAGUCCAAAGCCUGCAUUGCUUGCGCUUGGUGCAAAAUGGAACAAUGAUGAUUCUGAUCUGAACAAUUUUAUCAUGAUGAGAUCUAAACAUACACUCACCCAAAAUGAUGAAAAGAAUUAUGUGGAUAGUCCUGAAAAAGUGCUACCACCUGAAGAACAGCAUAUGCACGUUCACGAAGAGGAUGAUUCUGUUUGUGAGACUGUAAAGACAGAGGAAAAAAUUCAAGAGAAUGAGGACAGUGUUACAGUCAGUAUUCAAGCAUCAGAAAGCCAAUGCCAGGCAUACAGCCUCUUGGAAGAAGCAGCCAGUCCUGUACUAAAAGAUUUGACACAUCUGGGUGUACUUGCUUCUGUAAAUUGGAGCUUUGACAGUGUUAAAUUUGACCAUACGCGGUUUUUCUUAAAGCAGCAAGAGAAAGUGAUAUGCAAUAACUUUGAACAAGGUAAAAUGGAUGAGAAGGAGAUCAUGCUGUUCAGACAUGCUGCCCUGGUACACCUGCUGGUGACAGUUCGAGAUCUGCUGUUAACAUGUGGCUUGGACACAGCACUAGGUUAUUUGUCCAAGGCAAAAGAUAUCUAUAAAAACAUCUUAGAAUCCUGUUUGAAUAACAUCUGGAGGCAGCUGAAGAUUAUACAGUACAGCAGCCAGGAAAAGCAUGAAACAAAUCCCAAAAUAACAGCGCUUCAGAGUGAAAUGUUAAAUUGGAUGAAAAGUUAUGGAGAGAAACACGAUGUUAAGAUACUAAUCAUUACAAGGAUGGACUCCGAAAGACAAAAAGCUGCCCUCAUUCACACUUUAUCUACAGUAGGAGGUUUAAAAGCUGUGGACUUGAAUUCUGAGAAAAAAGGAACCCGUUUAGGUUGCAAAGAUAUCAUAAGCAACAGAUACUCCGGUGUUAUAGUACAUAAUCAGCAAAUUGGAGCUGACUUCCCUUGGAUACACUUCUCAUUAGUAAUGGAAUAUGAUUACUGUGAAAAUUCUUCCUGGAAAAAUCUGUGCAAAAAUCUGAAUGUUGCCUACAUGACUUUUAUAACCACUGUUCCUGAAACAACACAAAUGGGGAAUCAGGGUGGAUCCUAUCUUCUGGAAGUACAGAUUCCAUAUGUAUUUCUGGCAACUGAAGGGCUUCUUAAUAUGUCAGAUAUUCUUCAGCUUUUGGAAUCCAAGUACAGCAUUUCCUUUGUUGAAAGAAGCAGUAGUUACUCCUUAAGGCUCUUUGGAAGUGUAGAUCACUAUGUUGUGUUGACCAUAGAUGAAAGUACGGCUAUAUUUUUGCAGGCUAUAGAAGAACUGAAUUACGAGAAUUCCUGUGACAUUGUAAUUUCGAGGCUGGUGGCAUUAUCACUCCAAUAUAUGUGCUGUUGGGUUGUUCUCUAUUCCAGAGAAAGACUGAGUUUAGAGUAUAGUCUCAAGGGAGAUACCGUGCUUAACCUUGUCUUAAUUUAUGCCACUCUGAUUGAACUUACACAGAAGUCAGAAGACUUUGAAGUGAAGGUAGUUCUUGUGCCAGGGAUUGAAGAAACAGCACUGGUAAUUCGUCAGAUUGCUGACAACAUUUUGAUGGAAUCCAGUAUCUGUCCUCAUGAAUGGCUGGACAAAUCCUGGCUUUCUGUCUUGCCAUCUGAGACAGAGAAACAGCUGCUUACUUUUCCAUGUAUCAACCCUCUGGUUGCUCAGCUUAUGUUAAAGAAGGGAUCUUCGCUGAACAGGUUGUUUCUUGCAAGCUUUGAUCAACUUCAGGAACUUCUGCCAAAGGUUCCAAAAAAAGUUUUAAAGUGUUUUAGUGACGUAUCUUCAUACAGCCUAAAUGCUGCUGCUCCACUGGAAAACACAGGGAAAGGUGCAUCACACCUAGAAAAACAGAGUACCUUCAGUACAUUCUAUGCUGAUCAGACUUUAGAGCUGCUUGAUAAGGCACAAAAAAGUGCAGGAACAUCUGAUGUGAAAUCUGAGGCCUUAAUUCCUCCACUGAAUCAGCAUAAGGGAUUGUUUAAGUCUGAUCUUCAAAGCUGUAUGCAAAAGAAGGUAUGUUCUUCAGAAGUAUUUAAAAAGAAGAAGCAGAAUUUCUUUGCCAUAUCACAGAACUACCAAGAUUUUGCUCAUCUAGAUGUUACGAAUUCCCUUCAUGUUCAAAGACAACGUUUGAGGACGCAUGACACUUCCGACCGUUCCUCCAAAGACUCUGAAAAACAGGAUUUCUUGGCAACUUUCAGUGACUUUGCACCUCAGGAGGGCUCCAAGAGUAUUCUAGAAGAAUUUAGAGACACUGCAUUUAGAAGCCCAGAAAUUCAGAUUGACCAGACCCCAUGGAAUGACUCAUCAUCCACAGGCCUGAGGAAUUCAUUUGCACCUGGUGCUUUUCUCUCUGAUUUAUUUGUUGACACGGAUGAGCUUCAAAACCUGAAUUUCAACCAAACAGAUAGAGAAUCUAAAGGAAUGAGAAAAGAAAUGCCUCCAUUCUUAUGGACAAACAAAAGAAAUAAAACAGAUUCAGGAUUUCCAGAACUACCAGACUUCAAAAAAAGGAGACUGACAUACGAAAGAGUCCCUGGAAGAAGUGAUGGACAAACACGUCUUAAAUUCUUUUGA